AUGGCAAAACACGGUUCACUAUUAAGCAGACUCCAAAAUCUCGACGCAUAUGCAAAGACGCUUGAUGAUUUUAGAGUCAAGACCUAUUAUGGAGCUGCAUUAACUAUUUUAAGCGCAUUUAUAAUAUUAUAUUUAUUGUUAUCUGAAUUUGCUGAUUAUCGUACACCAGAAAUGCGGACUGAGCUGAUUGUCGACAAAGGAAGGAAGGCAAAGUUGACCAUCAACGUUAAUAUAACGUUUCCUAAAAUACCUUGUUAUUUAUUAAGUGUGGACGUCUUAGAUGCAGCAGGAGAGGUACACAAUGAUUUGGCACAUGAGAUACAAAAGACACGUUUAGAUCCAUCUGGAGCAUUCAUUGAAACUGAAACAGCAAAAGAGCUUGGAGAUAGCACAAAAGAUUUUGAGAAACUAGUUUCUAAGGAAAACUCAACAGGAACAGAUGCCGAUAAAGCAGAUUGUGGAAAUUGUUAUGGUGGUGAGCCUCCCGAGAGCGGUUGCUGUAAUACUUGUGAUGACGUUAAGGAGGCUUAUGUUAAGAAAGGUUGGAGUUUUAAUAAUCCAGAAGGAGUUGAACAGUGUAUAAAAGAAGGAUGGAUAGAAAAGAUACAAAAACAAUCAAGGGAGGGCUGCAAUCUUGCUGGGUCAGUGAGAGUGAAGAAAGUGACUGGUAAUUUCCAUUUUGCCCCGGGGAAAUCAUUCGAACGGAAUCAUAUGCACGUCCAUGAUAUACAGCCUUUUCUUUCCGACAACGUAAAACAUGAAUUUACCCAUAUUAUACAUCAUAUGAGUUAUGGCCCUUUUGCAGACGGUGUUGUUAACCCCUUGGACGGGACGAGUAAGGUUGUUGACAGUGCAAAUUAUCAAUUUCAAUACUUUGUAAAGGUCGUCGCUACCCAGUUUCAUUACCUUAAUGGAGAAAGUGUAUAUACUAACCAGUACUCUGUGACUGAAUAUGAGAGAAAUCUUGCCGAGAAACAAGACGAUAACAAGGCACAUAUGCAUAGUAAACACGGUGGAUUGCCAGGUACCUAUCGUAUAUUAUAG